AAAGCGAAUUCAUUCUUGUUUUAAAUUUGCAUGUUGAGAAGGCAUUUUCACAGUGGCAACAUAUAUUUGUUUACUCUACUCAUAGUGUCCUAAAAGUUUAAUUCUAAAACCGUAUUUAAGCAUAACUAAGUUAGUUGUUCACAAAAAUUAAAAUAUAAAAGCAAGCUAGCAAUGUCUUUCGAUACAAUACCAAAGGAUUUACGUGGACUGCGUGCUUGCUUAGUGUGUUCACUUGUUAAAAGUUUCGAUCAGUUCGAAUGUGAUGGCUGCGAUAAUUGUGACGAGUUUCUUCGCAUGAAAAACAACAAAGACAAUGUAUACGACCACACAAGCAACAAUUUCGAUGGUAUUAUUGCAUUGAUGAGUCCAGAAGAUUCCUGGGUAGCGAAAUGGCAACGAAUCGGACGUUUCACGCGUGGUGUAUAUGCUAUAUCUGUGUCAGGCAACCUUCCACAAGCCACUCUGCGCGAAAUGAAGAGCCGUGGUAUUCCAUACAGAUCAAGAGACACAAGUCAACGUUAACCCUUAAUGUAGUUUUUCAAAUACAAUAAAUUAUUCAAUUUUUUUUUUAACUUUAUUAUAAUUGCAAUGUAAUAAACAAAGCUGUGUGCAAAAUCAA